AUGGAAGAAUCAUUGGGCGCCGGUUUCGACCGCAUUCGGGCGACAGUUAUGCCGCCUUCCAAUUUUGAAUCUUCGUUUAUCGUCUCACCUGCAAUCACCCAGACGAUAGAUGACCUGGAGGGUCCUACGUACAUGCGACUGAGAAGUACGGAUAAUUUAAACAGCUCUGGCCGCUUCCUUCUAAAUGAGGAGGCACAUGCUGCUGGCGAAGGUCCUCGUCUUUCUAUUUCCAAUGGACCUGAUGAAAUUGAUUUGGAAAUGGCACACCGCUCAGGCGACCGCUCUCAUUCAACAGACUCUGUAAUAGCAGAGCGGAUGCCGGGUCUUGCAUCGUUGAUACGGCAAAUCAACAAUCCGUCGAUAACGGAGGGGGAUAGUGAGAAUGGCAGAUUGGUUGAGAACUGCGACUCCCUCAAAAGUGACUGCCUGUCUCCGGUGAUCGAUUCCGAGGAUGAUAGUAACGACCCAGAAGACAUGAGCAAAUUUUAUAGUGGACCGUAUUCUCGUAUUGGAAAUAUCGACGACGACUAUUAUGAUGACGAUGACAUGAGCCUGGAAGACUUUGACGACGAUGGUGAUUUUGAAAGAUCAUUUGGAGGCGGUUUGGCAUAUCUUGGUAGUCGAGGCAUCGUCGAGCCUGAGGAGAAUACCAUUGACGCACACUUUGCCGCCCCACCGACUUACGAACGAAACCUCACUAUAGAGCAAUUCAUUAGACUUUGGCGGAUUCAAUCAACGACGACCAGCUCCAACGCAUUUCGCUUGCCUCAGCCGUCAAUCGAAGCAGCCCGUGUUUCUUUGUGGGAUAGACCGGAGAGAACAAUCCGCCCCCAGAGACUGGGUGCUGAAUUUUAUGAUAUCCAACAAAUUCCGUGGAGGGAAAAGCUUUGUGUGCGCCGUGAAGAUGCGCGCGCUCUUCGUGAUGCGUGGUACACACCGUAUUGGAACCUUGAUUAUCCAAAGGACGGCUUCCAACAAAGGCUACCCGCACACGAAUUUUACUUCCGAGAAAAGGCCAUGUACUCAAAUUUAAGGGCAACUAUCGAGCACUUUCAACUUCGAAAUCUCGUGUCUGUAACGUCAUCAAAUACAGUACAUUUUGCGCAUGAGUCGAGAUUGGUGUCGUGGGCUCCGGCAUAUGACCAUGUUACGUGUCCCAUUGACCUUUCGCAGCCAGCACCGGAAAUCGGCUUUCAAGGACCAGUGAAGAUCUCGACUAUACGAUCCAAAUACGGACUUGCCGUUGCCGGAGGCUUCAAUGGCGAAUAUGGGAUACAUGCUGAAGGAAGCCAGACAGGAAACACGUACGGACAUGUCACAAAGAAUUUCAAUGGCAUUACGAAUCAUAUCGAUAUCAUCCAGAGCCGUACAAGCAACUCUCCCAUGAUUGUCUUUGCUUCAAACGACCAGCAUAUACGAAUUCUCGACUGUGCAAGAAAUGAAUUUAUAUCUGAUCAUGAACUUUCCAAGGCCGUGAACUGCACAGAGACAUCUGCCGACGGCCGACUUCGCGUCGUCAUUGGCGACUCACCCGAGGCUUGUGUGCUCGAAGCAGAUAGCGGAAGACCAGUACAGCGACUCCCUGGACAUCGCGACUUUGGGUUUGCCUGUGCCUGGUCUCCCGAUAUGCUGCACAUUGCCACGAGCAACCAGGACAAAACCGUCAACAUCUGGGAUGUGCGCAUGUGGCGGAUCCUCCAGAGCAUCGAUUCAGAUCGCGCCGGUUACCGCUCUCUCCGAUUUUCCCCAGUGGGUGGGGGUCCGCGCACGCUACUCAUGUGCGAACCUGCAGAUCGCAUCUCGAUUGUCAACGCACAAACAUACGAAUCCAGGCAGGUGCAUGAUUUUUUCGGCGAGAUCGGCGGGGCAGACUAUACCCCCGACGGUAGCUCGAUCUGGGUCGCCAACACGGACGACUUAUUUGGCGGUCUAAUGGAAUUCGAGCGCUCACAAUUCGGCCAGAGAUACGGCUCGGCAUCGCGGACAAGCAGGACGAAUCGGAGUUCAUCCGACGAACUCGCGCCGGACUGGUAUUCCGACCUGCCGCAUGAGUGGAUGACUGGGUCUGAAUUGGACUCGAGCCCACGCUGUAUUACUAACGAGAGGGAGAGAGACUUGAGAUCAACCGGUGCCUGCCUUCCUCCUAUUUCUCUCGCAGCCUUGCAUCUUACAAAAAUGUCUCAAAGUUGGACGCCCGUGAAUCAAAGUCGUACAGAGCAGCAGCAGACACAGACUGGGGAAGAGACUGAGCAAACGAUUGCGAAAGAGAUUCAGCAAGACAGCCAUCAAGAGACUCGAAAAGAGACUACACAAGAGAUUCAGCAAACGACUCCACGACAGACCCCACGACAGACCCCGCGACAGACACAGCAGACACAGCAGACACAGCAGACACAGCAACAGACCCAGAAACGUACCAGAAAACAGCCCCAGAGACCUAUUUCGCGAUCGCUUUGGCUACCAACUCAACAAAGAACUCGGCGAAGGCUUCAACGACAGACUCGACAAAACACUGUGGAAAAGACUUCUACCCGUGUCAGCAAAAAGCUCUAUUACGACUCCGACAAGACCAAGAAUUACAACGAACGCUACAAGGCCAAAAAAUACAACGAAAUCGUGAAAAAAUGGGGUCCUGUCGGCAUACGCCUCGCCAGAGAAUACCUGAUCAACCACCAACACAGGCUAAAUGGACGCCGAAUCGACGAAAUUGACGAAAGCGAGUAUCCAUAUAUAAUGCCGUAUGAUUGGACAUACAAGCUUUUUCGGAUAGCAAAUAAUAUACCGAGCUAUGAGCAGGGUCUGGAGUAUAUCCGUUACCAGGUUUACAAGUGGCUUGGAAGCAGCAGGUGUCCAACAACGUUCCCUGGGGUAUUUAUACUCGAUAAAGCUUACGAGAUGAUCCUCAAUUCAUCGGUACCAAAACAGAUCACGGAGCAUCAGUUGAAGCAAAGGAGAUUGAGGAUUGCUGAUUCUGGGCUGCUUGAGUUGGACGUUGCUGAGAUAGGUACUGGAGGCGACCGCAAGAAAGAGGAAAGCGACAAAGCAGUUACCCCAAAGGUUCUGUACUCUCAAUCUUCUAUCAGAAAUGGACCUCGAUAUUGGAGGAGCACGCGGCGAGCUCCUCAAGGAACUACCAAGUUGGUCAAACGGGUGACAAAGGGCCAUGUUCUGUCCGAUCCAAGCGGGGAUUUAAUUGAUAGCUCAAGUGAUGACUCAAGUGAUGAUCCAACCGAUUAUUCACUUGAUGAUUCAAGAGACACCCCGAGUGAUGACUCAAGUGACGACUCAAGUGACGACUUCGAUAUAGAACCUCCUACUAAGUUGGUUAAAUUACGGUAUAAAUCGAUACCAGAAAAUCGUGUUCUGUCCGAUUCAAACAAGGCAAGCGACAACCCCAACAAAGAGCCUGAUUCCGAGUUCGUUGGAUUACGAUGCCAAUUGAUGGUAGGAAAUCAUGUUUUGCCCAAUCCAAGCAACGACUCAAGUGGUUACCUUGGUCCAAUCGAGUCAAGAGGAAGCGGCUCUAUUGAUAUCAUAUCUACGAGUGCUAGAGUCUUCACAGACAAAGACAACACUUCUACGCAUGUCACGAAACCCGGCAGUAGUAUUCUUUCCUUGGAUUCUUUGCACCUGGAAACAAUCACAAUGAUUGGAAAACACUUGUCGAUGAAGGACCGCAUGUCACUGGCCUUGACAAACCAUCGUUGCCGCUUUGCUGUUCGGCACCUCUUGCUUCAAGACUGGCUCACUCUGGCCAUUGACCACGGCGACCUUUCCAGGGCUAAGGACUUGCUCAAGAAGGGUGCCAUUGUGCAUGGGAGUAUUUCCGAAAAGGGCGGCUUUCUGGAUCACCCGCUAGUUCAAGCAGCUGCUCCUGGCAAACUCCGAAUUGUCCAGACAUUUCUCCAUGAGAUGCAGCAGGAACAUCACGGCGUGUCUUUUGAACAGCGCCAAAAACUCGAGACUGCAGCUUUUGUGACGGCCAGUGGCAAAGGAGCGGUGGAGUUGGUCGAAUACUUCCUUUUAAUGCGGCAAGAUACAGUUGAUGUGAACCGAGUCUUCAACGAGAAAACAGCCUUGUCCGCUGCAGUAGCGCACAAUCAAUCAGACAUCGUGGAUCUACUCCUUGAAUCAGGCGCUUAUGCGACCCCCCGGGAUCUGGAGAUGGCAUAUCGUGCUGGUUUCGCGCAUAUUGCUGCUGCUAUCUUGUGCAAAUACCCCGAUCUUCUCUGUUCCAAUAGUGAUGAGUUCCUGGCCGCACUUCUCACUUGGAUUAAUGGAGCGCUUGUCGGGGCCAAGGAAGAGCUGAAAGAAUAUAAGAGAGUGUAUGACAGUGGAACUAUUGUUUAA